AUCCAUUGCUCCAGAAAUGGUAGCUGCACUUUUGUCCUCAAUUUUGAAGCUACUAGAAAUAAUUGCUGCUGAAGAAGCGAAGCAAAGGGGGACGCUGGUGGGAGAUGUUGCAGAAGAAUUCACAAUGCUUAGCAACAAACUUAAGGACAUAAUUGAUGUCCUUGAGGACGCAGAUAAAAAGAUGAGUACUGACAGAGAAUAUAUCAGAGGUCCGAUGGAUAAGCUCACAGAUGCAGCUUAUGAUUUGGUGGAUGUGUUGGACGAGUGGAUCACUACGUUGCGAAUAAACGGAGUUGGAAAAACUUCUAAUCUGAAGGCAAAGGUAGGCUCUUAUGUCACCCACUUUUUCCAUACUGACCAAGUUGUUACGCCCGGUGAUCUUGCUUUCAAAUUAAAGGGAAUCAAUCACAGCCUAAAUCUGAUGGACAUGGCUGUGGGAACUGUUUCAGUAAACUUAGGAGUAAGGUUUAAGAUGCGAUACAGUAGAUUCCUUACACAUACAACUGAUGUUUCUGUGUCUGAGUUAGUUGGUCGAGAUAAGGUUAUACAAGACAUUGUACGCACUGUGUUGUAUUGGUCUACUGAAGAAGGAAGGAAACUAGUUAAGACCAUUUGUGUUGUUGGCAUGGGUGGGCUGGGAAAGACAACUGUUGCUGAACAGGUUUAUUCUGAAGUCAGGUCGCAUUUUCAUAACGGAAUAUGGGUUUGUGUCUCGGAUGUAUUUGACGAGAAAAAAGUUGCCAAAGCAAUAAUUGCACAAGUUGAGCGUGUUGCAGUGGACUCCCUUGAUUCAUUUCCAUUGGUUACCCUUCAUGAAAGAAUUCGUAGAUCUGUCAGUGGAAACAAAUUCUUUCUUGUGUUGGACGAUGUGUGCACAAAUGACAUGCGACACUGGGAAGCAGUGAUCCAGAAUUUCGAACAUGGUGCCCAAGGGACAUUUUAUGGAAUGGGUGUUGAAGCGCGUUGGGAUUUAGAGGAUUUUGGGAGGAGAAUUUCAAAGAAGUGUAAAGGCUUGCCUCUUGCUGCCAAGACUCUAGGAGGCCUCCUAAGAGUUAAAAGCAGUAGGGAAGGGUGGGAAACUAUCUUGAACACUGAAAUCUGGGCGCUGGAUACUGCGCAUCAGAAGGAUUUUGUUUCUCUAUUGUUGAGUUACUAUGAUUUGCCUUUGCCACUGAAACAAUGUUUCAAGUAUUGUGCUGUUUUCCCAGAAGAUUUUGAAUACGAUGGAGAAACAAUAAUAUACCACUGGAUGGCACAACGUUAUUUAGGAUGGGACAAUGAUAAAGAUUUAGAAUUAAAAGGAAGAGAGUACAUUAGCUACUUAGCAGCUUGCUCUUUCUUCCAAGAUUUUCUACCGGAUACCGAUAGUCUUAAAUCAACAUGGAAGAUGCAUGACAUUAUGCAUGAUUUUGCAGAGUUUUUGAUGAACAAUGAUGAAAUUGUGAUUGAGGUCAUGAAUCCAGGAGGCAAUUCAAUGAUAGAUUUGUCUGCCACAAAAGCUCGUUAUUUGACAGCAUUGAUACCAGAGGGGUGUUGUCUUCCUACUUCCAUUUAUGGUGCUGAAAAGUUGCAUAGCCUCGUGAUCAUUUCUGGAGAGAAUGCAAUAACCAAUGAAGCGGUGCAAAUCAUUUUUAAUCAAGCAAAACGGCUAAGGUUGGUGGAUUUUGGUUGCCAUAAUGCAUUAGUGGAUACAAUUCCAAAAGAAAUAGGGAAUUUGAUCCAUUUGAGCCACAUUAACUUGAGUGGAAGUAAAAUAAAAGAAUUGCCCAGAUCUUUAUUUGAGUUACCUAAUCUUCAAUAUUUGAAUCUCGACAACUGCGAAUCUCUUGAGAAUUUGCCAGAUGAGAUAGGGAAUUUGAUCAAUUUGAGGCACAUUAACUUUAGUGGAAGUAAAAUAAAAGGAUUGCCUGGAUCUUUGUGUAAAUUACAUAAUCUUCGAUAUUUGAAUCUCAACAACUGCAAAGCUCUUGAGGAUUUACCAAAUCAGAUAGGAAAAUUGAUCAAGUUGAUACAUCUGGGGACUCUUCAUUGCGACAGGUUAGCUUGCUACCCCAAAUCAGCUAGGAGAUUAACAAAUCUGAGGCAAUUGCAUGGGAUCGUGCUCAGAGCUGAUAGAGAUGACCCUAAGGAAUUCGCUCUUGGAGACCUGGAAAACUUGGACCACCUUCGUGAACUUUCCAUGGUACUGAAAGGAAAUGCAGUAAACGAGAGAGAGCUUAAAAGAGCCAAAUUUGAAAAUAAGACACAUUUAAAGGAAAUCAAGGUGGAGUGACAAGGAAGCAUGAGGCAUGAUGACAGUCAAGCAUGAAGUGAAACCUAGUUCCGUUGGUGAAGAGGAGCGUUGUUCUUCCAGAGAUCAGAAACUGCUGGUUAAUGUCUAGCUACUAGUUUGUUGAAUUGAAUAUAAUCUUGUGUGUAAUUUUAUUUUCUAAGCUAUGCUAUGCAACUUGUUAUGUGAUGAUUGUGAUCUUUAAGGGUUCUGAAUGUUGUCUUUAGAGGAGCGUGAGUGGCUUUCUAGUUGUUCAACGUGAUCAAAGGAUUGAAUACGUUGGGUAUAUAUGUAUUUGAAUGAAUGUUUCUUGGUGCUUGAUGAGAAAGUGCUUGUGCAGUGGAUGUUCCAAUAUGCCUUUCUGGAGUGUUGUCUUUGGGCAGAAGAUUAAUCAUGAUGAUGAGGGGUUCAGUGGCUAUCCCCAAACAGCCAACAAUGGUGCCAUGAUGCAUAUACGUAAAUCAGGCACAAGGCCUGGGAUCUCCCUUGUGGCCUUUGAGAGCUAAAAGCUCCUCUAUUUCUGAUCCUAAUUUUAGUUUAUGUUUUUGUCCUUGUUUGAUGCUCUUGCCUGUGUGGUGGACAUAUCUCGAGGUUUGGGUUUGUCUUUAUGCUCACUUUGGGGCAGCUAAAAAGUUGGAUGUCAUAGAAAUUAGCAAGACUCUCCAGCAAUUCCUUUGGUGCUAUCUAGUUUCAUUCUGCCACUCUGAUCUCCGGUUAGUAGGUGUGCCAGUAUUCAAGCUAAUGAGCUGCUUGGACAGGAGGAUGUCCUCCUUGAUUCAACUGACUUGUUAUUUGCUAUCUUGGAACCUUUGGUUGUCAUGCUCCAGAGUAAGUUCUCAACUGCUUUCCCAACUUCUUGCUUGACCUCUGCUUAAGUAUAAUCAUAUAAAUAUAAUGCCUGUUUUCCU